UUUUUUUUUUUUGGAACGGAGGGAGUAGGUGAUACCCCGAUUGUGCACGACCUCCAACCCAGCUUCUGCACGGUCCGCUCCGCCACCGCCGGCACCCUGCAGAGGAUUGAUCUGCGCCGUUGCAGCCCGGACGCUCGAGCCGGCGGCGAGGCGUCCAACUGCCGAUUGCCGAAGCCAAUCCUGCCCACAGCCCACGUGCGAACAGGCCAACCAAUUGGGCUUUUUUUUUUGUGUAAAUGGGCCUUUUGACCUGUUGAACAUGAAACCCUACCUCCAAAAUUCCCCAAUCCCCAAUCCCCAAUCCAAUCCAGGCAUCCGGCUGAGGAGGCAAGCGGCGGCGGCGCGGCGCUACGGGCCGACGGCCGACGGCGACACUGCGACAGGGAGCUGCGGUGGUCGGUGGGGGCUCUGCAGCCGGCGGGGCAGGCGGGCGCGCGGCCGCUCUGGGAGGCAGGCGGCGUGGGCGCGCUGCGGUGCGGCCGCACUGGGCAUUGGCGCGGCGGCCGCGGGAGGCAGGCAGCCAGCGCAGCAGGGCAGCCGGCAACAGGCAGUGAGGCAGGCAGGGCAGCAGCAGGUCUAUACAUUUUCCAUGGCGCUUGUGGUAAUAUGUGGGCAGCCUUGCAGUGGUAAGUCAGCAGCUGCAGCUUGUCUCGCCGCUGCUCUCUGCUCCUCCACAUCUGACCUCACUGUCCGUAUCAUUGACGAGUCAUCACUCCAUCUUGGACGCAAUGAUAGCUACAAAGAUAUGGUUGUAGAGAAAAACUUGAGAGGAGUUCUUAGAUCAGAAGUUGAUAGGUCUGUAUCACGAGACAGCAUAAUCGUCGUGGAUUCUUUGAACAAUAUUAAG